AUGCAAAUAUCAAUACUAUUAUGCAUGUUUCUAAUGUUAAAGUCUCGCGUCCUUGGCUACCCUGCACUCGGUGAGAUAGUCCGUGGUUCUGAGAAUGCGAAAGAUCUGCAAGCUGCAGGUGAAAUCAGUAACAUAGCCACUCAUGGACGACCUGGACUCCAGAGUGAAAAUGCAUUUCAUCCCAUAACAUCAACCGCACCAGAUGGCACUCGAGAGCUUGGCUCACUCUUUGGAGGAAGACCUGCACAAGGUUCAACUUCAAAGGAUGCCUCAAUUGUUCACAAUUCAGGAUUUGUCACAGACAAGAAUCCAACGGAUAUCUUUGCUCACAAGCCUUCACCCCCUUAUGUGCCACCUACUCACAAAGAUCCCAUCACUGGUGAAUCACUUCAGACUAUACUCAAUCCUGAUGCAAUCGAGAAAUUGGAACCUGAAGCACUAUUAGAAUACAUAUCAAAUUUCAACCCAGACGUCAAAGCUGCUAGAGACGCCCUGCGAGCAGCAGACCUACAAGUUGAAAAGGCCGAAAACGAACUUUUCAAAGAUGCUAUAAGUCAAUAUAAACGGAAUACUGAACCGCGAAGCAAAGCAACCCUCGCACAACUCUUCAAGGAAUACGAUGAGGCCAAGAUUCCAGCCAGUGCUAAAAAAAUCAUCGAACAAAUCAAACGUGAUUUCAAACCAGUCGUUCCUGCUGGUACAACUGACGAGCAACUUACCAAAUUAGCUAUGAAGCAAUUUGCAAAAGAUCAACAUGUCUCAUUCAGAAACUUGAAGCUUGACACUGAAACCGCGGAGGAAGCACGGCAUAGAGCCCUAGAGUUAGCUCGUUUGCGUAAACAAAGUGGUUAUCCAACGGCCAAGAUCGAAUCAUCUAUCAAAGAUUUCUUACCCAAAGUUGACUAUCAAUUACCGUGGAAACAGCCUGCUCUUCCUAAUCCUCGUGCGGGAAAGUCGCCAUCUUUGACCCGACGAAUUCAUUACUUCUUCGCUCGCUUUCACCCUUCAAUAUGA